AUGAGCUAUUACAGCGGCUACUAUGGAGGCCUGGGCUACGGCUAUGGAGGCUACGGCUGUGGAUGUAAUAGCAUCCGCAGACUGAGCUGUGGCUGUGGUUAUGGAGGCUACGGAUAUGGCUCUGGCUAUGGGGGCUACGGAUUUGGCUCUGGCUAUGGAGGCUACGGAUUUGGCUCUGGGUAUGGAGGCUAUGGAUAUGGCUGCUGCCGCCCAUCAUGCUAUGGAAGAUAUGGGUUCUCCAGCUUCUAUUGA